AUUAUGAGUAGCAAUAGUAAAAAUUCUUAAAAACCAGAUGAGGAUUAUGAUGAUCCAGGAUAUUUUUGUGGAUGUUUUAGAAAAAAGAGUAAUAUGGAAUAAAAUAGAACUAUAUAAACUUCUAAAGUCCGGCAUUCAAUGAAUAAAUCUGGUUAAGAUUCAAGCAAACAUUAUGCUUCUUCUUAAUUGAACUAAUUAAAUUCAUCAAAUUUAGAGUAUUAAAGAAAAGUAAGUGUUGCAUCUCAAAUAGUUAGUAGUUUUGCAAUCACAACUUUUGAAAACAAUUAUAUUCAAAAUUAAUUAUUCUUGCUAAAAAAUAAUUAAAAUGGAGAAUCUAUUUUUGCAAAAAUUACAGAAAUUGAUUUAAAAACAAAGAAAAUAUAAAAUAUUGAUUUAAAAAAAUCAAGACUCUUCGAAUAAAAAAAUGAUUAUGAAACUAUAUUAAAUACUAAAUAUCCAGAUUUAACUGCAAGAUAUAUUGCUUCUAGAAUAAAGGAGAAAAUUACUACAUUAGCUGAAUAUGGAUGUGGAAAUGGUGGAAAUACAGUUCAAGUAUUAUAAAAUUAAUAAAUUAAAGUUUACUAAAUAUUUAGACUUUGUAAUUGCAAUUGAUAAAAAUACUGACGCUUGUUUAUAGACCAAAUAAAAUUGUGAUUAAAGUGCAUUUAAUCUGGAUUUCCCAAAUCCAAAAGUAGAAAUAAUAAAUGCUGAUAUUUUUAAAUUAAAAAAAAAUCUGCCUUUUGAUAGCAUAUUUAUAAAUCCAACAAUAAAAAAUGAUCAAUAAAUUUGUAAGGAUAUUUUAAAAGAUUGCAGUCCAAAUCUUAAAGAAUUAUUAAAUUUGAUAUCUGAUUAAAUAGAAAAUUUAAUUAUUUAACUUCCAGCUUAAAUGGAUUAUUCAUAAUUACCUUUACUAUUGAAUAUUAACUAAUAAUAUAGAAAUAAUAAUAAGUAAUAAUCCUUUAUAGCUCAUUGUUCAUUAGAAAUUGAAAAAAUAUAUAUUUAAGGUACACAUGCAUAUAAUAUUGUGUAUUAUGGAAAAGUAGCAAAUGUUUCAAGAGAGGAAUUGAAAUAAUUACUAACAAUGUAAUUAACAAAUUCGGAAACAAAUAAAGAAAGUUUUAAUAAAGUUGUAGCAAAAUUAAAUGAGAAAAUUGGUAAAGCAAAUAUUAAUUCUAAUUUAGGAAAUUUAGACCUAAUUUAUGAGUUAUUAUAAGCACAAAGUUAUAAAUAUAGUUUUGAUUAAUUUUUAAUAGCUGUUUGUGAAAAGUAUAAGUUGGAUUAUAAUGAUUAUGCAUUUAUCUUAUACCAGAAAUUAUCAAAGUAUAUUUCUACUUUUAAAUUAGAGAUUAUUCUUAAAAUACAUUUAAUUGUAAAAUAAGAGAAUCAAACAAUGUUUUAUAAGAAUCAGAAGAAUUUGGAUUUAGUCCUAAAUUUUCUUAUAAUUUGAAUGGAUUAUCAUAAAAGGAUGAGGAUUGUAUAUUAGAGAGUUAAGACAAUAUCGAUAUAGUUGGACUUACUAACGAUAUAGCAAAUUAAUGUAAAUUAAAAUGA